AGAGCCAGCCCAGCCCUGAAUUCACGGGCAACAAACACCGCGACGCAGAGAGAGAGACAGAGAGAGCUCUACCCGCUAACGAAACAGCCCGUGUGCGCGUUUUUUUUUUUAUUUUGGAGCGCCGCGUUUCGUCGGUUUAAGUCGAGGAAUCACGACGAUAUGAAUUGAUGACGGGGGAAAUCGACACGGGGUUAGAUCUUACCCGCUGCUUGCAAAAGGUGGAAAACUAGCCCCCCGUUUCCGAAAGGUACGGCGCGUUUAAAGCUACACCCAACGCCUGGACGACCCCCGCCUGCCGCUCCACCCUCCGCCUGCCUGCACACCGAGAUGCACACGGACACACGAAGCAAGAAAAGACGGGGCCAGAAGAGGAGGGCCAACAACAAAUCGACAAAACCGCCGCAGGAAACGGCGACAGACAAACAGGAAGUGACGUCGGCGAAUCGGGACGUAGAGGACAUCGCCACGGAACGCGAGGAAGAGGAGGAACAGCGGGAGAAAGCAGAGGAGGAGGAGGAGGAGGAAGAGGAGACGACGAGGCCCGGAGCGCGGGAGACGAAGGAGACGAGGGGGCAGGGAGUAGAGACGAGGGGGCAGGUCGAGGAGGAUUCGGAGGAGACGCCGCCGCCGCCGCCACCGCCACGAGUGAAGAUCGAGGUGGAAGACAUGCUGAUCAAACCUGAGCCCGAAGAAGUAGAUUGUACGACGCCGUUCAGCCCGGUGCCCACGGAGCUGCAGAUAAAACUGGAGCCUCUCAUCCUCAAAUCCGAGUCCGUGGAUCCCGCGGCCGAAGUCCAGACCGUGGACCAGACGGAGCCCGUGGACCUGUCCCUGAACAAACCGCGCUCGCCCCUGCCCGCCUCCACCUCCGCCCCCGCCCUCAACCCCGUGCCCGCCAUCACGCAGCCGGGCCUGACCGCCACGCCCGUCCCCACCAACGUGCAGUCCAUCGGCUCCAUGGUUCUGUCUCCGGGCUCCAUCUUGGCCACACAGGGGGCGGGCGGGCAGCAGAUCCUCCACGUGAUCCACACCAUCCCGUCCGUGAGCAUGCCCAGUAAAGUGGGGCAGCUGCAGACCAUCCCGGUGGUGGUCCAGUCCCUGCCCGUGGUCUACACCGCCAUGCCCUCCGACGGCGUGGCGACCGCGGCCAUCACCGUGCCUCUGAUCGGCAGCGACGGGAGAGCGGAGGGCUCAGUUCGUAUCAAACCGGGCUCGACGUCUCCGGAGAUCCACAGCGACAGUGACGCUGAGAGCGAGUCCUGCGCCGUCAUCAGCCAGAGCAUCGACCCCAGCGCUGUGAUCGACCUGGAGCAGCUGGACCCAGACUCUCCGGACGUGAAGAGACGCAGGAUCCACAUGUGUGACUACGAGGGCUGCAGGAAAGUCUACACCAAGAGCUCACACCUCAAGGCCCACCGGAGAAUACACACAGGGGAGAAGCCGUACCACUGCACGUGGGAGGGCUGCACGUGGCGCUUCGCCCGCUCAGAUGAACUCACGCGUCAUUUCCGGAAACACACGGGGAUCAAACCCUUCAGAUGCACCGAGUGUGACCGCUCCUUCUCCAGAUCUGACCACCUGUCUCUGCACCGGCGCCGCCACGUCAUGAUGUGAACUGUACCACCCCCGGACCCCUCGAAACCCCGCCCCCAACGCUCACCGCAAACCCCGCCCCCAGACCACACCGCGCUGUUCAAAUAAUACAUCUGUGAAAAUGACUUGAAUUCUCGCUACCUCUUAUUGGAAUCAUGAUGUUUUAAAGAUGUAUUGUGUAACUUUUCUGGUGGAGGGUCUGUCGAAUGAUGUCGUUGCUUCGUCUGGAAUGUUUCGCAGUGCGGCGUUAAAUCUUUCUAUCUCCACGGACACCGAUCCGGACUGAGUUACACGUCAGAUCUGUGGAGGGAACGCCUGUUUUUCUAGGUAUUUCUGAGCGAUUCAACCAAUAAACGGGAGGCAGAGCUGUUUAAAGUCACACUGCGGAACAUUCUAGACAGUGCAGUGACAUAUCCAUAGAAACGGGCAAAAGACGCACCUGCAACGGAAAUGUUACGCAGUGUACCUUUAUUAAACUGGGACUGAACACCUGAAAAUCUAAACUAAACCUGGCAAGAACACGUAAUUUUUGAGUGUUUUUAACCAGAAAUCUGCAAAGUUGCCUAUAAUUUGUAUGAAAAUCGCCCAAAUAAAAAAAAAAAAAGGUAAAUAAUGCGUUAAAACAUGUAUAGUUUCGGGUUUAGCUCCACUUUAAAGACUCACUGUGUAACUUUUCCGGCGACGCUUCGAUCCACGGAACCGUCAUUGGUGCUCCCCUGAAUGUUCCCAAUUCCGGCAUUAGACAUUUCUGGCAUUUAUUUAAUCGCAGGUGUUUUUAUUGCGCUUAAAAGACUUCGAGAAAAGUCAGAAUUCAAGUCAUUUUCCGUUUCCCAUCCAGAUGUGUGUUUUUACAGUUGUUUUUGGAGUCUCUCUUCGGGAUCCUGCCAAUGUUAAACAACUGAACGAAGCGAAAAAAAAUGCAAUUCAAAUCUGUGGCUUUUUAAAGGAUUUUUUAAUGACGCACUGAAUUUGAAAAGAAUCCACAUUUCUACAAGUUUAAAUCGUUUGAAAUCAAAUCUGGAGGUUUUUUUUGUCAUGAAUUCCCUUUAAAAUCGUCAACAUUUAUUAUUACACUUAAUUUUCCCCCAAUUAAUUAAGCUGUUUUCUGGUCAGUGUUCUUGUCUUGAGCCGAAAACACUCUGUUCCACCUUGUGAUGUCAUCAUGUGGUAAUACAGAAGGUGCUCCAUUGUGUUUUUAAACUCCCACGCACCUUCACUAAAAUCAUUUAGAUCAUUUCAGCCGCUGGAAUUGCAAAAUUUUACUGAACUACUGAAGGUGAAAGAAGCUGUUAACUUGAAAACUACCACUUCGUGACAUCACAAGGUGGAGCUCAAACAUGUGAGAACGAAACAAAACACAACUCCAGGUCUGUUUUUGAUGAGAUAACGGCAUUAAAACAUGACUUAAAGCUCACACGAGUCUAUUUUGCGUAAUAUAGGACCUUUAAAAUGUCGAUUCUCCGAAAAACUGGAAAUAAAAACUCUGUGUUUGUUUGAAAGUUCCGCAGUACGGCGUUUACUUUGCCUCUCUUGCACUCAUUCAGUCCCAACUGUUUUAUGGUGAAGAAAUAACUUGAAUAAUACGCAUACUUGAACUGCUUAUCUACAUGGAGAUUUAAUGGAGUUAUUUAAUGCCGUACUGCGGAAUAUUCAAAGCAACGACAACAGAAAAAACACAUUUAAAUUGAGAGAAAUUUUCAGGAAUUUGCAGUUGGAACAAUCCGUGUAUCAUUCGUUUUUCAAAAUAAAACCAAAAAUAAGAAAAUGAAAAAACAACAAUUUUCUUCAUCAUUUGUCACCAAAAUCAAAAUGAAAAAAUCGGAUAAUGAUUCAUUUUUUCAGUUUUUGAUUUUGUGUUUAAAUGAAAAAUGGAAAAAACGGAUAAUGACCAUUUCCCGUUUAUGUGACUUAAACUGCGAUGCCGGACUGAACCAGGACUAAACCAGGACUAAACCAGGACUGAACCAGGACUGAACCAGGACUGAACCAGGACUGAACCGUUUUCAGUCCUGCUCUGGUCCUGGUCUCAGUCCCAGUCUGGUCCCGGUCUCAGUUUCAGACUGGUCCCGGUCUGGUCCCGGUCUCAGUCUCAGACUGGCCCCGGUCUGGUCCCGGUCUCAGUCCCGGUCUGAUCCCGGCCUCAGCCUGAUCUCAGUCCCAGAGUCAGUCCUGGUCAGUUCUGGUCUGGUCCCGGUCUCAGUCCUGGUCUGGUCAUGGCCUCAGUCCUGGUCUCAGUCCCGGAUUCAGUCCCGGAUUCAGUCCCGGUCUGAGUCUUGUUCUGGUCCCGGUCUCGGUCCCUGUCUCAGUCCCGGUCUGGAUUAGUCCUGGUUCAGUCCGGCAUCACCUAAACAUGAAAUGGUCAUUAUCAGUUUUUUUCCAUUUUUCAUUUAAAACAAAAUCGAAAACUGAAAAAAUGAAUCAUUAUCCGAUUUUCAUUUUGGCUUUGGAGACAAAUAAUGAAGAAAAUCGUUGUUUUUUUUGUUUAUUUUUGGUUUUAUUUUGAAAAAUGACACACAGAUUUAGAGCCUCUUUUACUCUUCUUUUUUUGUGUUUAAAUGUAGCGGAAAUGUCACACAGUGCGGCAUUAAACAUGCCGUACGUUUGAAUUGCAUUGAAAGUUUUUACGGCAUCGGCAGGUUCGUGUUUUUGACCCAGUUUUCCUCCAUUUCUUGGACCGGCCGGGGCGGACAGCAGCGCCCCCGUCUGCCCGUUUUUAACAAAGAACGAUAUUUUUAAUACAAGUGAAUGGGCCGUUUUGAUGCCACCUCAGCUGCUGUUUUUCGCCGCCUCCACGUUUUAAACUCCUCUAAAGCCUGACGAUCAAGAGACUUUUGGUAUUUUUAAAUGGUUUUAUCUGAUGUUUGCUGUAUUUUUUCAAACCACCCCACUCAUGUACAUAUUAAAACUACUUUAAAGCGUC